AUGAGAGCUGUGUGUGUUUGGUUAUCUGUGGUGCUGUGGGUGUGCAGCCCUCAAAGGGCAGCAGCAGCUGCAGCUUCAGCGGGACACCGAGUCAACGACUCUUCACUUCUGGAAGAGAGAAUAUUUUCUUACACGGAGCAUUUACUUAACGUUUCGGGGCAGCUGGAUAACCGGACUUCUGGCUUUUUCCUCCUGGACCUUGACGAGGGGAUGCUGGAGGACUGGCGCUCUCUGGCCAGUAAGAAGCGCCAGGGCGGGGAGUCGCAGGACGGGAGCGUCAAGGCGCUGCUGGUGGCCGCAUACUCUUUAAUCAUCGUGAUCUCCCUGUUCGGGAACACCCUGGUGUGCCAUGUGGUGGUGAAAAACAAGCGCACCCAGUCCGCCACCAGCUUGUUUAUUAUGAACCUCGCCGUGGCUGAUAUCUUCAUCACAGUCCUCAAUACGCCCUUCACCCUGGUCCGAUUCGUGAACAGCACCUGGGUGUUUGGGAGGACAAUGUGUCACAUCAGUCGCUUUGUACAGUACUGCUCCCUGCACGUCUCGACACUCACACUCACUGCCAUCGCACUGGACCGACAACAGGUGAUUUUACAUCCUCUGAGACCUCGCAUGUCCCCGGCACAAGGUGGAGUUUGGGUCGCUGUUAUCUGGAUAAUGGCCAGCUGCUUCUCCCUCCCACAUGCGAUUUACCAAAAACUCCUGACUUUUACAUACAGUAAGGAAAAGGAGCGCAGCCUGUGUGUCCCAGACUUCCCCGAGCCAUCAGAUGUCUACUGGCAGUAUAUUGACCUCCUGACCUUCAUAUUACUUUACAUGCUGCCACUCCUCAUCAUCACUGCCUCCUACACUACAGUGGCCUGCCGGCUGUUGCGCCACAACGCCAUUGGUGACACCACAACAGCUCAACACGCCGCCCAGAGAAGAAAGCGGCGGCGGACGCUGGCCAUGUUGCUCCUGGUGGUCGGGGUGUUUGCUGUCUGCUGGUUCCCGCUCAACUGUUACGUGGUGCUGCUCUCCAGCCAAGCUAUCAACUCCUCUAAUGCCCUUUACUUCUGCUUUCACUGGCUGGCUAUGAGCUCCACCUGCUACAACCCUUUCAUCUACUGCUGUCUGAAUCCCACCUUCCGCCAGGAGCUGAGGCUCCUCUUUGACAUAUGCAGGAGGAAACGGAGAGCGGCGGUCGGGUUGGAGCCAGAGCUCCGCCCUGUAGUGGCCUGCGCUCCUUGUCAGAGGACUGCCUGGCCUGACAAUCAUGACUCCUCGGGGCCAAGUCAUGCUUUGUCCCACCCGGGCCACGCCUCCUCACAGCAGAGUCAUCCCUCUUCCAGUCAGUCCCACAACCUAAAAGAUACACAUGUGCUCUUCACAGCUAGGCAGGCCCUCACAGGAAGAACCGACAUCCUCUCAGUGGAGCCCAUCGUGGCCGUAAGCUGACUGGGAAC